UGGUAUACUAUAUAUACUUAUCUUAAAACUGCGCAAGUUAAAACUUCUUUCCAGCAUGAACAACACCACUAAUAAAUUUGAAAAUCGACAGUUCUGUUCACAAUACGUAGUUCCUACGAAUUCUGACAUUGGAAGUUUAUUGAUUAUAACAUCACUCAUCUUUAUCGGUGGAUUUGGGAUUUUUGGGAACAUCUUUAUCAUCAUUUUAGCUGUGAAAUACACAGUCCGAAGAAGUCUGCAUCAUUUUAUYAUAAACAUGGCUACCUCGGAUAUAUUUGUGGUCRUGAUGACAUUUGGUAUAGAGAUUGCUAGUUUAUUUGAGYUAAAAUGGGAAAGUUYUAUGRAGGAGAGUGYUAGAAAUGUCCUCUGUACCUCUAUGAGCUUCAUCCUGUUGGCAGGCAUGUGGACAACRUUUGUCAGUCUGUUGAUAAUCACCAUUGUGCGAUUCAAAGCGACGCGAAUAACAGCUCACAGAUCAAAACCAAAUACGCUCAAGCGGUGCUUUAUUSAACUCAUCUGUGCUUGGGUGACCGCUUUGUUACUUGCUUCAGCAGARACGGCGUUCAAACGUGGYUUCUAUAAGUUUGGUUUKCCCGAAUCUUUUUUARAUGGAAUUAUGUUUUUUUUAUACUGCGUUGUCGUCGGUACUUAUUGUAUUAUCUUCGUUCUUAAUGCCAUAACAUUAAGAAGACUUUCAAACCAACCACCAAUUCAAAGAUGCAUCCCUGAAGCUCAGAGACAAGUCAGAAAGAAGCGUACAUCAAGUGCAAUUAAGAUGGUUCUCUGUUCGCUGUUUCUGUAUAUUUGCUGUUAUCUUCCCUAUGAUAUCAACGGGAUAUUUCUAAUUUUUGGAGAAACAUAUCAAAAUAUUAAUGAAAAAAGUAAAUUUUUCCUUUUUGUGCUACUUCCUAURGUGAAUUCAUGCUUCAGCCCUUUUAUUUACUUGGUUUUUAUGUCUGACUUUCGACAAGCAGCGAAGAGSUUGAUUUUUGAACGAUCUAACCGAAAUUGCGACCUCAAAAGACAUGCACAGCCUURUCGGACAUCUCUGAAGGUGCUCGAGAUUAAGGAGAAUGAUGGUAGUCCAAAAAGAGUUCGWAYUGCUCCUUUUAGAGGAAACASAGAAGAGAGAAUUCAAACUGUCGCAGUAUAAGGACCAAAAUUAAAAUAACGAACGUGUAUAGCGAUUUUAUUUGAAAGCUAAACUAUCUAUAAAAUACUCAAAAGUCAAUUAGAGUUCUAUUUAAAACAAACUGUAAAAACCUAUACAUCAUCUAGCUUCAUGUUCAUUGAACUUUGGUUGUCGUAGAGAUAAUUUCGUGACAAUUAAUUUUAUUUUAAGUUUAGUCAUUUCUGAAAUUGGUUCAGGAGUAUUAUAUGCU